GGUAAAUUGGGAUGUUCACAUUAUACAGAAACAGAGGUUAUUGAAUCUUUGGGAAUUAUUAUUUAUAAAGCACUGGACUAUGGUUUGAAGGAGAAUGAAGAAAGGGAGUUGAGCCCUCCCCUGGAGCAACUCAUUGAUCUUAUGGCCAACACAGUAGAAGCUGAUGGUGGCGAUGAUGAGGGCUAUGAGGCUGCAGAUGAAGGCCUGGAAGAUGGAGAUGAUGAAAAGAGGAAGGUCUCAGCCAUCCGGUCGUACAGAGACGUCAUGAAGUUCUGUGCUGCUCAUCUCCCCGCUGAGUCAGACGCCCCAAAGCAUUACCAGGCAGUAUGUCGCGCACUGUUUGCAGAAACAAUGGAGCUGCACACAUUUCUGACCAAAAUCAAGAGUGCAAAGGAGAAUCUUAAGAAAAUUCAAGAAAUGGAAAAGAGUGAUGAGUCUAGCACAGACCUGGAGGAGCUGGAAAAUGCCGACUGGGCAAGAUUCUGGGUACAGGUGAUGAGGGAUUUGCGAAAUGGUGUAAAACUGAAGAAGGUCCAAGAGCGGCAGUAUAACCCUCUGCCCAUUGAGUAUCAGCUGACCCCUUACGAGAUGCUGAUGGACGACAUUCGGUGCAAACGGUACACUUUGCGAAAAGUGAUGGUGAAUGGUGAUAUUCCCCCUCGGUUAAAAAAAAGUGCUCAUGAAAUCAUCCUCGACUUCAUCAGAUCAAGGCCUCCUUUAAACCCAGCCUCAGCCAGAAAACUGAAACCAACCCCACCACGGCCACGGAGCCUCCAUGAAAGAAUAUUAGAAGAAAUUAAAGCAGAAAGAAAACUGCGCCCUGUCUCACCAGAGGAGAUUAGACGUAACAAAUUAUAUGUACCUGCCCCUGAAUCUCCAAAGAAUGUUGUAGAAUCAUCUGUGCUGAAUGGAGAUUUGUCAUCACAAACAACAGAAAAUGGGUUAAAUACGGCACAACAGGCGCCUGUGCAGAGGAAGAAGCUCCUGAAAGCCCCCACCUUGGCCGAGCUGGACAGCUCAGAGUCAGAGGAGGAGACUCUGCACAAGUCGUCCAGCAGCAGCAGCGCAUCCCCCUCCCUCCUUGAAGACACAGUGUUGGAGGCGGCGUCCACCAGGAAGCGGCCUCCAAAAUUCUUACCCAUAUCAUCAACACCCCAGCCAGAGCGAAGGCAGCCACCCCAGCGACGACAUUCCAUUGAAAAGGAAACACCUACUAACGUGAGGCAGUUCCUGCCACCAUCUCGGCUGAGUUCCCGCUCACUUGUGCCUAGGAUAACCAGUGUAUGGCCAAGGACGCCUUUCCGACCACUUUUUUCUACCAUACAAACAGCUUCUCUGCUCAGCUCUCACCCUUUGGAAGCAGCCAUGUUUGGGGUAGCAGGGGCUAUGUAUUAUCUAUGUGAGAGAGCUUUUACCAGCAGGUGGAAGUCCUCAAAGGAGGAAUUCUGCUACCCAGUGGAGUGCCUUGCUCUUACUGUGGAAGAAGUGAUGCAUAUUCGUCAGGUCCUAGUGAAGGCAGAACUGGAAAAAUACCAACAGUAUAAAGAUGUCUACACCGCCCUGAAAAAAGGAAAGCUCUGCUUUUGUUGCCGAACCAGGAGGUUUUCCUUCUUCACCUGGUCCUACACGUGUCAGUUCUGUAAGAGGCCGGUGUGCUCACAGUGUUGCAAAAAGAUGCGGCUGCCCUCCAAGCCAUAUUCCACCCUUCCCAUCUUCUCCCUGGGACCUGCUGCCUUGCAGAGAGGGGAAAGUUGUAUGAGGCCAGAAAGACCCUCCACUGGCCACCAUCGGCCACUUCGGAGCAUUGCCAGGUUCUCCUCAAAAUCUAAGUCUGUGGAUAAAUCUGAUGAAGAACUCCAAUUUCCCAAAGAGCUGAUGGAGGACUGGAGCACCAUGGAGGUGUGUGUGGACUGCAAAAAGUUCAUUUCGGAAAUCAUCAGUUCAAGCCGACGCAGCCUAGUGUUGGCUAACAAAAGAGCCCGGUUAAAAAGGAAAACACAGUCUUUCUAUAUGUCCUCACCAGGCCCUUCCGAGUACUGCCCUUCAGAGAGGACGAUCAGUGAGAUCUGAGCCCCGUGCCUUUCAGUUGCUUUUGUGUCCAGAGUUGGCAUUAGUGUGUGAGAACACUGAACCAGACUGUCUCUCCCUUCCAUGCUUUUAUUUCAUAGGCCUGAAUUUGCAUUAAAUGAGACCCUUGCUGCGUCGCCUAGCUUACAGACUGAACACUGUGUUGAUAUCGAUUGACGACAUGUGACAGAUCAGCCCCCUGCUCAUUUGCAGUGAGAGAGGACAGUGGUUAGAAAAUUUUAUGUGUGUGGCUCUGGGAGUCAGAAACUUUUUCCUUAGUUCAGAUAUUUACUGGUCCUCAAAUAAUUUCCUAACUAAGGCAAAAAGCUUCUCCUUGAGAAACCGGCCUAACAGAGGUGUCGAUGUUAGCACAGUCUUAGCAGUAAGUCAUAUUGGCAUUUCCACGUGACAGUGUUUCUACUCCAUCUACACAGGGAUCCAGAGCUCUGCCACAAACCAGGUGCCUAGAAAUGGUCUGGGCUGUUUAUUGUCUCACAACACAAAACCUAAAAGGAUUUGCUGAUACUAUCAACUUUUUUGAAAUUAUUAUUGCUCUGCAAGAGAUUAACAUCUGCAUUCUAGCGCACAGCAUCUGAGCAAGCUGCACACCGCAUGGGUGGCCAUUUCUGCUAAGCUGCCGUGGAUCAGAGUCUCCCAAGGAGGGGUGGGUUUUCCUUCCCUAUCUUAAAUAUAUUAUAGUUGCUAAUAGUUUUAGAAUGAGAGUCUAAGAAUUAAAGUUUUGGGGAGUCUCAAGAUAAAGGAAGACUAAAAAUCUUGUCAAGAGGUUAACUGUGAGAGGGUCCUGGCAGCUCAGACACCAGCCGUAGGCCACACUGCAGGACAACAGAGCUCGCAUGUUCACCUGUGUCUGCAGGAGAGUGCAACCAUCAUGACUGAAUUAAGCCACAAUUUGAUAACUCAGGUCUCCACCUGAGAUGUAUUUUCAUAAAUGAAUUUUAAAAGAAAAAUAUCUAGCUCUUUUAUUAAAAUUAGAAGACACCCUGCUGACAGGCAAAAUUUUCAGAUGCUUUCUGCACUAGUUUUCCUUGUAAAUGAUGUGAGUGAAUAGGUAGGGUCUCUGAUGAAGGCGCUUUGGAGGGUGCGUAUGUACCUCAGAUGUCUCAGCUUACGUGGCCCACACCACGGGCUGUAGUUCAUUAUUUUGGUGUGCUUACAGAUGACCACCCAAUCAAGUUCUAGUACCAACUGGAAAAUCAGUUACUGCGCAUGCACAGUGAUGCCUGAGAGCCACAGGGACGUCUGCAGUCAGCAUGUGAGAGGCAUGGCAGUCGCAUCUCACACCACGUUUAAAUAUGUAACAUUUCCACACUAACGUAACAGUAAUACCUCAAGACUUCUCCGGUAGUAGUUUUUAAUGGAUUGAAAUUUAUAAUUUAGAAAAUGGCUUAAAAUUACUUACACUUAUGAAAUAAACUUUACCAAUUGACUAAAAUAAUGCAUGUUAACAAUUCGUCUGGAUUUGCAUGUAAAAGUGGGCUACUAGAGAAGCAUUAUUUGUUUGAAUUAUUUUAAAGACUCCUAUUUAAGAGCUUUAAAAAUUGUAUUGGGUGACUCUCAUAAAAUUUUCUAAGAGACUGUCUGGAUUCACCCCCUUUACUGGCCCCAGGCUUCAGCUGCUUAAGUUCCUACCUAGAAGGGUCCUCAGAGCGGGGUGGGAUUUCUGUAUGUGUAUGAGCAAGCACCUAGGAGAAUGUGCUUUUUAAACUUGACUAAUUACUGUUCUUAUUAAAAAUAUAAGAAACUAUACUCCCCUAUUAAGAAUUUCAGAAAGCAAAUAUCUAGAAACUCUCUGUCAUUUGCUGCAUCUGUUUUGGGUCUGUGUGACUAUAUGGGAUGAUUUGGGCAUUAUGAUCCCCUCUUACCAAAGUAUUAGAAUGUAAAUUCUUCCACAGCACUAACAGAGUUUGCCAAGGGCAUUAAAGAAGUCAAGUGGAUAGGGUCUAUGAAGCAGUGUAAGAAGAGCACACGGCACGCUUAAAACUAUAAAAAUCAAAUUAGCAUUGUUUUUGCUUGCCAAAACUCACUCUUGCAUUUAACCCUCCCAUAUCUGAUACAUACACACCCCUUCAACACUCCACUUAAGUUAGGUAACUUCCAUAGGGUAAUUCACUAACAGCUUGCAGAGUAUGAUUUUUUAAAACCUAGCAUACUCUGACUUUAGGCACAACUGCUUUUUUCUCCUUAUAAAACAACCUCCUUUUGCAGUGUUUCUUUUUGUCAUGGUUUCCUACUGUCCAGCUUUUAUUUCUAACCCAACAACAAAAAUGUUGUGGUCUGCCCGGUCACAGCUGGCGUCUGAUGUGUCUGCAAGCAUGUGUGUGUAUCUGAAUGGGCAUCCUGCUCACACCCCAGCUCCCUCCAGGCCUGGCACCAGUUCCCUUUGUCCCACACAUCAUGAAGUCACAUUGUUGGGAUACCUGUGCUUCCUCCUCACAGCUUAAGUUCCUGGCAGUAUCAGAGUAUACAGGGAUGCUUGUAAAUACUGUAGCUAUUUAUUAAUAAUUGAAAGGCAUUCUUUCAGUGGACAGUGGACUUAAUCUCUCAAGGCAAGUGCAAACUCAAAUAAUUGAU